AUAUAAGUCAAAUUUAAACGUUCAUGUCAAAAAAGUGCACACAAAUGUAUCAGUUUCUGCUUCGGUUUCUGCAGAAACUAAAACAAUUUAAAAUAAAUGUUCUCUGUGUAAUUAUCAUGCAACUUUUAAAAAGGACUUUAUUAUGAAACUUCUCAUAGCAUUCCUAUGCAAUACGAUACAAUAGAGUUUUCCAACCAUGAUGACUUUAUUUCUUGGAAGAAUAAAAUAGUAACUACAUUGAUUUGUAUAUACAUUUGUAAUAUUUUUUGAAUAAUAAACAGGCCCAUUUCGGGAUUCAAGUUUAUAUAGGCAACACAAAUUACACGCCGCUAAGCAACGGGUCAGGAUCUAGAAUCGAGUACAAACAACGAACUAUCCACAUGUGUCAAAAGUCAAAACAUAACCUAAUUUUUUCAGAUAUGGUUCAGUGGUUCUAGAUUUUGUAAAGGUCUUUAUAAUUACAAUUUAAAAAUAAAAUGAAUAAAAAAACGUUGGCUGACAAAAUUUCAUCACUUUUAACUACCACUCCUGAUGAAUUAGACCCGGAAGAUAAUUACGAGGAUGAUACCACGGCGAAAUUAAAUACAGAAUAUCCUCAAGAACAUGGAGAAGAAACUAAUCAAGGGAGCAAGUUUAGAAAAGACAACAUUGAUCUAUUAGCUGACGUUGAUGAAAGAUAUGCCGGCAAAAAAGGAAGCAGAAGGCAUUUAAAUCCUGAUAAUGAUUCUAGCGAAUUUUCUGAAUCUGAUAAUGAUGUAGAAGAUGCAGAAUCUGAUAAUUCAAAUGAAGGGCAAGACGAACUUGAAGAUGAUGAGAAUGAUAGCAAUGAAUCUGAGAAAUCAAAUUCUGAUGAUGAAUCAAUUGAUUCAGAUCAAGAAUAUGAUGAUAAUUCUGACAACCCAGAAUUAGAAGAUACAUCCAAUUUCGAAACUUUAAAAACUACAGAUGUUUCAACUCAAGCUAAAAAAGGAUUAUGUGUAAAAAAUCAGAUGCAUAUUUGGGAGAGUCUUCUUGAAAUGAGAAUUCAGGUUCAAAAGUGUUUAUUAACUGCUAACAAAAUGCCCAACUAUGAAAAAUAUAAGGAGAUAAAGAAAGAAUCAGGACAAGAUUUUAGCACUACUGUUGAGAAAACCAAAAACACUGUAUCUACUUUACUUGACAAAUUUUUAUGUUUACAGGAUCUUAUGUGGAAAAAAUAUCCUGAAACAAAGAAACUUGUGUCAUCAAAUAAAAAAGCUGAAAGUGACGAUCCUGAUGAUGAAGAGAUUCCAAGUGAUACUGAAGAUGAAGCUGAUGCUGAUUUAAGUGAUGAUGAAAAUGAAGAAAGUCCUAAAAAGAGGCUGAAGAUUGCAGAUUUUGGAAAUCAUUUACAACAAAAGCAUAAUUUAUACAAAGAUUAUAGAAACAGUGUGAUUAAAAAAUGGCAUGAAAAAACUAGAAUGCCAGUUUUAAAAAAUACUACCAGCAAUCACUCCAUUAUCCAACAUAUUGAACAUUCCUUAGGUGAUAAAGACAAAUUAAUCAAAAGAACAAGAUUAAAAAGAAGUGAUUACAAAAUCAUUGGAGAGGAUAGUGCCAGUGAUAUUGAAGAGGACAGUAAACAAGAAAAAUCAAGUGAAGAAUACAAUAGUGAAAUAUUUGAUGAUGAUGACUUUUAUCAUCAACUUCUGAGGGAACUGAUUGAGUUUAAAUCAUCAUCUUUAACAGAUCCUGUGCAGUUAGGUAGACAGUGGGUACAACUACAAAAUUUGAGAAGUAAGAUGAAAAGAAAAAUAGACACAAAGGCAACAAAAGGUAGAAAAAUUAGAUAUGCUGUGCAUACCAAGUUGGUUAAUUUUAUGGCCCCUAUUGAUGACAAUUUAUGGACUGAUGAGGCAAAAACUGAAUUGUUUGGAUCAGUGUUUGGAAAAACACAGACCACUGGUUCAUAAUUGGUUCACAAUGAAGUUAAUAUAAAAUGUAUUGUAAGUACAUAUUAUGUAUAUAAAUAUUUACAUAGGAUUUAUAUCUAAUUAUCAAUAAAUCUGUUUUUUAUCUA